GCUAUGAGGUAGGUAGCUGUAGGUACCUAUUUAUUUAUUGUCAAUGUCAAUUCAAUCAAUCAAUGCCUGCCUAAAUUUUAUGGUUUUUAAAAUAAUAUUGUGAACUUUAACCUUUACUCUAAAUAAUAGUUUUACCUGUGAGUUUUACUGUACUUUGGACCAAAGAGUGGUUUUGAUUGGUAAAUGUGAAUGUAUGUAAUCUCAUCAACCGUUCUUUGACUUUGCGUGACUUUGUGUUUGACGCCUGCAUCACCGGUGCGGUGAUUAGAAAUUCAUUUACUCAUUGUAAAGCACAGAGAUAUAUCGUCUCGUUGUACUCAACUGUAUUGAAAAUGAAUUCAUACAAUCAAUGUAUGAACUCCAUGUCAUGGUAUAUCAAAUAUGUGGGUUUGCCAAUAACGUUAAGUAUCUCUAUUUACGGUUUAAUUAUGCAUAUAACUCGGCGGAGACGUAGAGCGGCUUUGAGAAAUAAGGUUGUUGUUAUAACUGGAGCCAGUUCUGGCAUUGGGGAAUCUUUGGCACAUGCCUUUUAUGAUCAGGGAAGCAAAGUAGUUCUUGUAGCAAGGCGUCUUAAAGAACUGAGCCGUGUUAAGGAUGACUUGAUAUCUAAGAAAUUGGUGAUUCCCAGCCCAGAACCUUUGGUGUUAGAAUUAGAUCUUGCAAAUGUAGAUCAGAUGACAGCAUUUGUUAAGAAAGUAUACACUGUAUGUGGUCAUAUUGAUAUUUUGAUUAAUAAUGGUGGAAUAUCUCAUCGUGCAUCUAUACUUAAUACAGAUAUGAAAGUAUUUAGACAGAUUAUGGAAAUAAAUUACUUUGGAACAGUUGCAUUGACUAAAGCUGCUCUACCGAACAUGAUUGAAAGGAAGGGUGGCCAAAUUGCAUUUAUUAGUUCAGUACAAGGAUUAAUAGCAAUCCCAGAUCGUGCAGCAUAUGCUGCAUCUAAACAUGCUUUGCAAGCAUUUGGCGAUUCCCUUCGUGCAGAAAUGCAUCAACAUAACAUUGAAGUAUGUGUUAUAAGCCCAGGCUAUGUAAAAACAGCCAUCUCAUUGAAUGCUUUGACAGGUUCUGGAACCACUCAUGGAGUAAUGGAUACAGGUACUGCAGCCGGUUUCAGUGCAGAUUAUGCUGCAGAUCAGUUUUUGAAUGCCAUUACAAAUAAAAAGAAGGAAUUUAUUCUCAGUCAACUGCUCCCAAGGUUUGCAAUAUUCAUCAGACAGGCAGUACCAUCGUUAUAUUUUUAUAUUAUGUCCAAGCGUGCAAAUUGAAUUUAUGAUAUUGUUUAUUAUGUGGUUCACAAAGUUUUAUGAAGUGAACAGAGUUUAUUUGUUAUUUCAUUACUUAAGAUUAAGGUAAAUAUCUAUUUCUAAUUUAAGAAUAUCAAUGUCAAAAUGCUCUUUUAAAAUGAAGUCCAACUUGUAAUUACAAUUGUAGUACAUUUAUGUUAUCAUUUAAUUUAUACUUUGGCUGAUUAAAAUAAAAACCUAGUAACUCAUUAUUUUAUAAUUUUUAUUUAUAGCUUAGGACCUAGACUAGUAACUAAAAUAAAUAAUGAUACUAGGUAUCAAUUUUGAACAGCCAACUUGCUUGAUGCCAGUCCACAUUUGGUUCUGUCACAGUUAUGUAGUCCUUUGUAUGGAAGGUCCUAGUAUUUUUAGACUGCAACCUGAAACUUGUAGGUAGAAUGUAGGUUUAUACUUACUGAUUUAUCAGAUAAUGUAUUUAUAUUGUUACUUUUUAUUCUUAUUAUGAACUAUAUUUGGUUAAGGUUUCUGGGCAUUGUGAAUAAGACAGGAAGUGUCUAGUAUUUCAAUAUUAUUGAAAUAAAUUUGUUAACUUUCA